CAUUCUCCUACCCGUUACACUUGAAGCAUGCGAACACUUCUGGGGCAACGCAGGCUCUUUCAGGUAAUACAUCGAACACUUCCCCUCCAUCAAAUCCAUUCAGCAUUCAGCUUCAUCUGCACCCAAACACCCGAUAAAUUUCCCGAGAAAACUUUUGAAACAGAGAAGCAAGAAGAACAGAGACCCAAGUGCUUGUCUUAUAUGAUCGAAAGUCUCCAAAGAGGGAAUUUAGUGGGAUCUGCCGUUCAGAACUGGAUGGGUGAGGGUUUACCUGUUCAGAGAGGUGAUAUUUACCACGCCAUUAACCGUUUGAGGAAGCUCCGGUUCAAUAAACGCGCGCUCGAGCUGAUGGAGUGGGUGAUCAGAGAGAGGCCUUACAGGCCAACAGAACUCGAUUAUUCUUAUAUGUUGGAGUUCACCAUUAAACUUCAUGGGGUAUCACAAGGCGAGAGGCUUUUCUCUCAUGUCCCUGCAGAAUUUCAGAAUGAGUUGCUCUACAACAACCUUGUAAUUGGAUGCUUGGAUAAAGGUAUGAUAACUCGUCCAUAUGCAUAUAUGAGGAAAAUGAGGGAGUUGGGUUCCUCCAUCUCACACUUAGUUUUCAACCGUCUCAUUAUUCUCCAUUCCUCUCCAAGGCGAAAGAAAAUGAUCCCAAAAAUCCUUACUCAGAUGAAGGCUGAUAAGGUGACUGCCCAUGUCUCUACCUUCAACAUUCUCAUGAAAAUUGAAGCAAAUGAACACAAUAUUGAAGGGUUGGUGAAGGUAUUUAAUGACAUGAAGCAAGCAAAAGUUGAGCCAGAUGAGGUAUCUUUCUGCAUUUUGGCUACUGCACAUGCAAUUGCAAGAUUGCAUACAGUUGCUGAAGCUCAUGUUGAAAAUGUGGAGAAGUCCCUUACAGGAAAUAACUGGUCAACAUACGAUGUGUUGAUGAUAUUAUAUGGUUAUUUGCAGAAGGACAAGGACCUAGAGAGAACUUGGGCCAUUGUGCAAGGGCUCCUCCAUGUUAGGGCUAAAAGUUACAUACUGGCAAUUGAAGCAUUUGGUAGAAUUGGACAGCUUAGUCGAGCUGAAGAGCUUUGGUUAGAAAUGAAGUCGACAAAAGGAUUGAAAUCUACUGAGCAGUUCAAUUGUAUAAUAUCUGUGUACAGCAAAGUUGGACUUAUUAAAAAAGCGUCUGGGGUCUUUAGAGAAUUGUUGGAGAAUGGAUGCAAACCAAAUGCCAUGACUUACCAACAUCUUGCUUUGGGUUGUUUGAAAGCAGGACUGGUAGAAGAAACCUUGAAAACUCUGGAAAUGGGAAGAGAAUUGGCCACAAGCGACAGAGUCAAAAGAUCAACUCCAUGGUUGGAGACCACUCUUUCAAUAAUAGAACUUUUCUCAGAGAAGGGUGAUGUAGAUAAUGUUGAGAAGUUGUUUGAAGAACUUGUAAAAGCAAAGUAUACCAAGUAUACUUUUGUUUACAAUACUUUGAUUAAGGCCUAUGUGAAGGCCAAGAUUUAUGAUCCAAAUUUUUUGAGAAGGAUGAUUCUGGGGGGAGCUAGGCCAGAUGCCGAGACCUAUAGCUUGAUAAAACUUGCUGAGCAGUUUCAGACAUCGAGUUGACUUGCCUCACCUGAUAUGCUCUACUUGUAUAUGGCUGUAGUGUGUAUUUUUUUUUGCAGAAAGACAAUAUAUUACUGGUAAGACAGAAAAUUUUAUGAA